CAUAAUUUCAAAUUCUUGAAACAAUUGCGCGAAACCAACGCAAUUUCCACAGGUUAGCUACAUGUCUCCACGUAUACCCUACACAAAAAACAAAAUUUCUAACAAAAAUGGUGAAGAUUUUGCGUUAUAAUCGUAGUUAUUUUCACCUUGGUCCUCUUUUUUUCCCCAACUUUCCUUCCCCCAUGUUUUUCUUCCAAUCUGUUAUCGUCCCCAUCAAGAUCUUCGAAAUUACAGCUUUGAAGAUUGAACAUGAUUACAGAUGCAGAUGAACCUUCAAUUCGAAAUCCCGUUCGUUAUUGUGAUCUCUUACGAUUGCAAUAACACAUGAUGAAGUGAAGAACCCUAAUCGAAUGUUUGUGUAUGCGUUAUUGAAUGGAAAACAAUAACAACCAGUAUUUGUAUGACCCUAAUUUUGCCCCAUUUCCAUCCACUUUCAAUCAACCUCCAUAUCCACCACAAAAUUCAGCUCCAUAUCCCCCAUACCCUUACCCAUAUCCAUACCAAUCACAACCACCACCACCUGUCGGAGCACCACCACCAGUAUACCCUCCUCAACCCUAUCCAUAUCAGUACCCGGGAUACCCAUAUCCCUUCCCAACACUGGAAACUCAACUAAACAGCCAAGAAAGUGGUGGCAGUGGGUCUACUGCCGCCACUAACCACCCUCAUGAAGAUGACAACAACUUGAUAAAUCAAAAUCCAUAUGAGAAUGAAGCAGCUUUAAACCACCCGGGGCAUCAUCACAGUGCUUCUUAUCCAAGUGCUGGAGCCCCAAAUCUCAGUGGGUCCCUAGAUUCCUCCUCCUCCCAAUGUCUUGCUAUACAACAAACGGCUUCACUAGAUUUAGCAAGCAAUCAAAAUUACCAAAUCGUCCCCUUUGCUGCAACUCCUAAAAAGGCUCUAAAAGUCCUUCUCCUACAUGGAAACCUUGAUAUUCUUGUCCACGAGGCGAAAAACCUUCCAAACAUGGAUGUGUUUCAUAAAACAAUGGGAACGAGUGACCCUUAUGUCUCGAUUGCUAUAACAAGUGCAGUUGUUGGAAGAACAUAUGUUCUUACAAACGUUGAAAACCCGAUUUGGAAUCAAAGAUUUAAUGUCCCUGUUGCACAUCACACUGCUGAAAUCCAUUUCCUUGUGAAAGAUAAGGAUGUUAUGGGGUCACAACUUAUAGGAGCUGUUGCAAUAGCUGUUGAACAUAUAUAUUCGGGAUCAAAAAUUGAAGGUUUUUUCCCUUUAAUUAAUGCAAACGGAAGACCUUGUAAGAAUGGAGCUGGUUUAGCACUCACAAUGCAAUAUUUCCCAAUGGCAAGAUUGUCUUUUUACAACUUUGGAGUUGGAGUGGGACCUCAAUAUAUGGGUGUUCCGGGGACUUAUUUUCCUUUAAGGAGAGGAGGGAGGGUUACUCUGUAUCAAGAUGCACAUGUCCCAAAUACAAGCCUCCCAGAUAUUAAGCUAAGUGAGGAUGUGGAUUAUGUUCAUGGGACUUGUUGGAUGGAUAUAUUUGAUGCAAUUACUAAUGCACAACGUCUUGUUUACAUAACGGGUUGGUCUGUGUGGCAUAAAGUGAGAUUAGUGCGUGAAGAAGAGGAGGAAUCACCACCGACUCGUUUAGGAGAUCUUUUGAAAGCAAAAGCACAAGAAGGUGUUAGGGUUUUGCUUCUUGUUUGGGAUGACCCUACUUCAAGAAACAUUAUGGGCUACCAAACAGAUGGAUUAAUGGCUACACAUGAUGAAGAAACAAGGCGAUUUUUCAAACAUUCUUCAGUGCAAGUCUUGCUUUGUCCUCGAAUGGCUGGAAAAAAGCAUGGCUGGAUGAAGAAGAAGAAAGUUGGAACGAUAUAUACACAUCAUCAGAAAACCGUGAUUGUAGAUACGGAUGCUGGAAAUGGUAAAAGAAGAAUUAUAUCUUUUAUUGGAGGACUUGACCUUUGUAAUGGGCGAUAUGAUACUCCACAACAUCCCAUUUUCAGGACUUUAACAACUCUUCAUGCAGAUGACUAUCAUAAUCCAACUUUCACAGGUAGUGUUACUGGUUGUCCAAGAGAACCAUGGCAUGAUUUGCAUAGUAAAAUUGAUGGGCCCGCAGCGUAUGACAUUAUGACAAACUUUGAGGAAAGAUGGAUAAAGGCUUCAAAGCCUAGAGGUAUUAAAAAACUUAAGGCUACAUCUGAUGCUUUGUUGAAGUUGGAAAAGUUUCCUGAAAUUUUGGGUGCAAAUGAUGAACCUUGCCUUAGUGAUGAAGACCCUGAAGGGUGGCAUGUACAGAUUUUCCGUUCGAUUGAUUCAAACUCUGUUAAAGGAUUCCCAAAGGAUCCACAUGUAGCUACAGCCAAGAAUUUGGUUUGUGGAAAGAAUGUGAUGAUUGAUAUGAGCAUACAUUCUGCAUACAUAAAAGCCAUUCGUUCUGCACAACAUUUCAUCUAUAUUGAAAAUCAAUAUUUUAUUGGAUCUUCAUACAAUUGGAAGUCUUACAGAGAGUUGGGUGCCAAUAAUUUGAUUCCAAUGGAGAUUGCACUUAAGGUUGCUAGUAAAAUCAGAGCACAAGAAAGAUUUGCUGUGUAUAUUGUGAUCCCCAUGUGGCCAGAGGGUGUCCCCACGGGGUCCGCAACUCAAAGGAUUUUAUUUUGGCAGAAUAAAACAAUGCAAAUGAUGUAUCAAAUUAUCUACAAGGCUUUGGUGGAGGUUGGUCUUGAAGAGGCGUUUUCACCACAAGAUUAUUUAAAUUUCUUUUGUCUUGGAAACCGUGAAGCCCUGAGCCCGACUGAUAGUUCACAUAGCCAUUCUCCUGAUAAUACUCCUCAGGGACUUGCCCGAAAGGGCCGGAGGUUCAUGAUCUAUGUUCAUUCGAAAGGAAUGAUAGUGGAUGAUGAGUUUGUGCUUAUAGGCUCCGCAAACAUAAAUCAACGCUCUAUGGAGGGAACUCGAGACACUGAAAUUGCAAUGGGAGCUUAUCAACCUCAUCAUACUUGGGCUAAAAACCUCACGGAUCCACGUGGACAGGUUCAUGGAUAUAGAAUGUCACUAUGGGCGGAACAUCUUGGCACGGUUCGCGAGUGUUUUGAAAUACCGGAGUCAAUUGAAUGUGUAAGACAGGUUAGAUCAAUGGCUGAGGCCAACUGGAAACAGUUUGCAGGAAAUGAGAUAUGUGAAAUAAAUGGUCAUCUUAUGAAGUAUCCUGUGGAGGUUGUUCGAAGUGGCAAAGUCAAAUCUCUUCCUGGAUUCGAGAACUUUCCGGAUGUAGGAGGUCAAAUCAUUGGGUCCUUCCUUGGGAUUCAAGAGAAUUUGACUAUUUGAUUCAUGUUGUAAAGAUUAGGGUUCUUGAAUCCC